GCCUCUCGCCUUCAGCUCCCCUCCCUUUCCCCGCCACACCAACCAAGGCGCCAAAAAUAAACGCCGCGCCACUACGUACGUGGCGAGGGAGCUUGCCACCUCGUCUUCGCGGAGGCCUCGACGCGACGACGAUGGAGGUCGCCGAGGCGCCCGCGCCCGCGCCCGACGAGGACGCGCUGGACGAACGCGGCGUCGCGCUGCACCUCCCGAGGCUGCUCGCCGGCGUCGUCUCCGGCGCCCUCACUGGCCUCUUCGCUCUCGCUGGGGCUCUGACUGGGGCAGUCACCGGCGCGGUGGCGGGCAGAGCUUCCGACAGCGGCGGCGUUCUGCGGGGAGCUGGAUUGGGGGCCGUCGCCGGAGCUGUCCUCUCCAUUGAGGUUCUUGAGGCUUCUCGCGCUUAUUGGUGCUCCGACCGGCUGGGCUCGCACGGCGCAUCGUCCAUGGCCGAUUUCAUUGAGCAGCUUCUUCGUGCCCGGUUUGUGCAAGAGCAAUUUACAGCUUCAGGAUAUGCAUCAUAUCGCUGGCAGGUCAGCAUAUCAGAUUUUGGUCACGAUGACCUAUAUGACAUCUUUGGAGAUAUUUCAUCUAAAGGGCUCUCACAAGAGUCACUGAAGAAACUACCACAUUAUGUGGUCACUGACCAAAUGCGGGACUCAUUUGGGGAAAUCCUGUCUUGCCCUAUCUGUCUACAGGACAUUGUAGCCGGCGAGACAGCGAGGAGGUUGCCCAAUUGCUCUCACACUUUCCACCAGCCUUGCGUGGACAAAUGGCUCGUCGAUCAUGGCUCAUGCCCCGUUUGCAGGCAAGAUGUGUAAGAUACGUAGGUAACCUGCGCACAUGAAGAAAUAGUUGGGUGAAGUGACAUGUUUGCUCCUCACUUCAUAUAUAGGUACAUACCGUGUUAUAAAUUAGCAGAAUCUGACAAUCUGACUUUGUUUCUUACACCCCGGUUCCAACGUGUAAUGAAAUAAGAUUGCUGUCGAAGCAGUUCCUGUGUUCUGUAGAAGUUAUUUGUCUGCUUGGCACUCUGCGGAACCGCAUAAUUUCUGAACAGAUUCCA